AGCUUUUAAGCCAUAGCUUGAUUUUAGACCCCAUCUGGAUCUUCGGCUGCCGUCGGCCGGAAAACCUCGCCGGAGAAAAUGACAAAGAUCUACCCUAACUCUCCGACAUCUCAGUCUCCAGCCCUCGACAUCGCCGUCGAUUCGGAGCCAUCGUCUUUCACCGUGUGGCGAAAGUCCCUCCUCUUCAACUGCAGCGGCUUCACCGUCUUUGAUGCCAAGGGGGAGCUCGUAUUUCGCGUUGAUAACUACUCAUUUUCGAAGCGCACCGAGAUCGUCCUCAUGGACGCCGCUGGAAAGUCCGUGUUCACCGUCCGCCGAAAGAGGCUAACCCUGUUGGAUCACUGGCGCAUCUUCGAGGGAGAGGAAAGGCGUCGCUUCUCGGCUAGGAAGCAUCUGACGCUUCUCCCGUCCAAAGUGCUAGCGCACGUGACACCAUGCGGCGGCGAGAAGGGGCCGAUCUACUGCGUGGAGGGUUCUUUCUCUCAUAGAUCUUGUGUGGUCUACGACGAAUUGAGGCGGCCGGUGUUAGAGAUCCAACGUAAGGAGGCGAUCGGUGGGGUGGCCUUCGGGGGCGACGUCUUCCGUCUUAUCGUGCAGCCGGGAUUUGAUUCCGGUCUUGCCAUGGCCAUCGUAAUCCUCCUCGAGCAGAUGUUCGGCGCCCGUUAGAGUAUGAGAUCAGAAUUUAUCGUCGUCUCCGGCGAAGGUUAAUUACAGGUGUAACACGUUUUUGUUCAGGGAUAUAAUAUUGUUAAUGUUGUGGGGUUGCCCGAUAUUAGUGCAGGUUUCUUUUUUAGAUGAAAACGCUGUACUAAUAACCUGUAAUGGCGAAGUUCCUACUACUACUCAGUGAACAAAUAGCCCAACCUCAUAUGGUUGUAAAUAAAUUUUGCAAAUUUGAGUUAGUUAAUUAUUA